GUCAGUAGGCCACAAAGUCCUUCAGUUCAGGAGGAAGAAGACGAUUCUCUUUCAUCUCAUCUUUUUUUUUUCUUCUUCGUCCCAAAAAUUCUCGAAGGCACGAAAAUGGAUGAAAAUCCCUAAUUUUCCGAAACACCAAAACCCCAGAGAGAGUUUUCAGAAAUCAUACUCACAACGAAUUUCUGGCCGUUGAUUUUUGCAGAUGGGUAAAAGCGGACGGCUCAGAUGGAACCCUUUCAACCACAGAUCGUCUUCUUCCUCCUCAUCUUCAAGAGGACAACAGGACCAGCAGCAACAGCAACAACCUCCCGUCGAAUUCCUCUGUCCGAUUUCAAAGUCAAUAAUGUCUGACCCAGUUGUUGUCUCUUCCGGUCAAACCUUCGAACGGGUCUGUGUUCAAGUCUGUCGCGACCUAGGCUUUGUACCCAAACUCGACGACGACGUUGACGACUCUCGACCCGAUUUCUCAACCAUAAUCCCCAACCGGAACAUGAAAUCAACCAUCGAUGGUUGGUGCGAUAGCGUCGGCGCCGAGAGACCUCAGCCGCCUGAUUACUCCGCCGUCGAGAGGAAUUUACGGCAACAGAUGCCGUCGUCGUUAGAUGUGGAGAUUCGUGUCUCCGAGCAGGAGCUUCUCAGAGCGGUGGCGGACCGAGCUCCGAUGAUGAUUCACCACGCUGACUCCGAGGUCAUGGGACGGAGGAGACCGGCGGGAGAUUUCAACUCCACGAGCUCUUCUGACGAAUCAGUAAUCGUCGUUCAAAGCCCAUUCACUCCACUUCCUCUAACGACCCGGCCCGCUUGCUUCUCUCCGUCGUCUUCUUCUUCCGAAAUCGAAACCCUCCUAACACAGGACAAUUUCUCCUCUCCUUCAAAUUGUCCCGAAGAGGAAGAGAUCUACAACAAGCUUAAUAGCACUGAUAUAUUCGAUCAAGAGCAAGGUCUGAUUAUGAUGAGAAAAAUGACUCGAACCAAAGACGAGGAUAGAGUCUCACUUUGUUCCCCUCGGAUUCUCGCUCUGCUCAAGAACAUGAUUGUUUCGAGAUACAGCCUAGUGCAGACGAAUUCUCUAGCCUCGCUCGUGAAUCUAUCGCUGGAGAAGAACAACAAACUGACGAUCGUACGGUUAGGAUUCGUUCCACUUUUGAUCGACGUCUUGAAAUCGGGAAGCAGGGAAGCGCAAGAACAUGCCGCAGGGACAAUCUUCAGCCUCUCAUUAGAAGACGACAACAAAAUGCCGAUCGGAGUUUUAGGAGCGCUUCAGCCACUGCUCCACGCUUUACGAGCAGCAGAGAGCGAUCGGACGCGUCACGACUCAGCUCUCGCGCUCUACCACCUGUCACUGAACCAGACGAAUCGAUCGAAGCUCGUCAGGCUCGGAGCGGUGCCGGCGCUUUUCUCGUUGGUCAGGUCCGGUGAAUCGGCGAGCCGAGCGCUGCUGGUGAUAUGUAACUUAGCUUGCUGUAGCGAAGGACGAUCGGCGAUGCUGGAUGCGAACGCAGUGGCGAUUCUCGUAGGGAAGCUAAGGGAGGAAGGAACGGAGGAGUCUCGUUCGUCUUCAUCGGCGCGCGAGAAUUGUGUGGCGGCGCUGUUCGCGUUGAGCCACGAGAGUCUUCGAUUCAAGGGGUUGGCGAAGGAGGCUAGAGUAGUGGAGGUGUUGAAGGAAGUGGAAGAGAGAGGAACGGAGAGAGCGAGAGAGAAAGCGAAGAAGAUUCUUCAGUUGAUGAGAGAGAGAGUGCCCGAGGAAGAGGAAGAAGACGGCCAAGGAUCCGUUGAUUGGGACAGAGUCAUCGACUCGACCGGUUCGAUUCGGUCGAGAUUCCAAGCGGGAAGAAACCGAAUGAUCACUCAGAAUUCUUCUGGCUUCUAAUUCUAAGAUGAAAACAAAACAAAAAUUUGAAAUUUGAUAUAUGCUUGUGAUUAAUUUUUUUGUAACCUUGUGUCUCGAAAAGAAUUGAAAAAAGAGCAUGAGUGAUGUAAAUACGUGUUUUGAGCAUUUUGUAAUAUAAAUUUUUAGAAAUCCAAAUCUGCGUAAGCAAUCUUGGAUUCAAAUGUUUCACUAACGAGUGAACUUCUUGUUUUAUAAUCAGCUUUAUUUCCUCGUUUUCCAACUUAAAUGU